AUGGCUUGCCCAAAUGGUUCUGUACCAUUGCUCUUGCCCUGGGCAAACAACUCAGUCUCCGCAGCCGGCAGCAUCCUUUCCAGGGGCAUAUCAUUCGCUAUUGGCACUCCUCCACAGCCGUUUUCCUUGACACCAUCGACACUUUCCAACAACCUUUUCAUCAACAAUGCCGCAGAGUGCGGAGCAGCCACGAACACCAGCUGUAUCGGUCAGCUUGGUGGUGUCUACGCGAGUGCAACUUCGACUUCGUUUGCAGAGGUAAACUACGCAGUAUGGACCGGCAGCAGAGAGUCCGUGGAUCUAGCUUCAGCAAGCUCAUACAUCUUUUUCGAUGAUACUGCGGCUUUUGGUCUCAAGCCCGCCACCAACAAGUUCCCUAAAUUUCCCAUGUAUACCAAUGGGUCUACCGACAACGCUUUCAAGAAAGAUGAGCCAAGCUAUCGAGCGACUCUGCCCUUGGGAAUGGACUCCAGUUUUCUAAACUUCCUUGUCGACUCUGGACAGGCUUCAUCUCGGACAUAUGGAUUAUGGGCUGGAUCGGAAUCCGAAGAAACACCACAAGAUGGCCUACUCAUCGUCGGUGGCUACGACGAAAGCCGCCUCAAAAGUCCCGCGACCGCGUUCCCUAUGUUUUCAGACUGCCCAACAUGCGCCAUUCUCACUGCUAUCACUUACGAUGUUGGCGGCAAGAGUACGACCCUUUUCACAGCCGCAACAGACACGCUUGUCGUACACUUGGAUCCCUUUUCCUCGGACCUCAAGCUUCCUGCUGCCAUGCUGCAAAACCUUGCUGCUGCUGAGAAGACUGCCGUUUGGAACGAAACUUCACGCCAUUUUGAGCUCCCCACCACUCCCGCUCCGGCAGGCACCAUCACCAUCACGCUAUCCGACAUGGGCAAACCCGGCGGUGAUGCAUCAAAGCCUUCAGUCGCUUCGUACAAGUCCGUCAUUCCAGUGACUGAGCUGUACAGCCGACCCCGAGCAUACAACGCUGCAGGAGUAUUUGAAGUGGACAACGCAACAGUAUACAACAUGGCCGUGACAAACCAAACAGAAUCCCUCACCAUCGGAACCCUAGGCCUCCCCUUCUUCACCCAGAACUACCUCAUCGUCGACCCCGACGCAAAAACCUUCCAGCUCGCACCAGCCGUGGUUGCCAAAGCCGACCCCAAGGGCGCAGACGCAAAAGUAAAACAAGUGUGUCGCGUCCUACCUGGCGCAAAAGCAAAGUCCCCAGUCGCUGUUCUAGCUGGAGGCAUCGUCGGAGCCGUCAUCGGCACACUUCUACUCGUCGGCUUAGCCUUGUUCUUGCGCAGGCGUAAAAUGAAUGCGACAAGCUCACACCACUCCCGCGGCGAUAGCGACGCACCAACUGCGACAUCCCAGAAACCGAUAGUUGACCGCAUGGCUACCAACGAGUCAGGAGACAGCAAAUCUCUCGAGCUACCGCGCCAGGCUCCUCCACCUCCACCUCCCGCCAUGGUACUGAGUGAUGGUACUGCGUUCCCAUCUCCGGUCAGUGCUCGUAGGAAGAGUGCCAAGAUCGACAAGCACAAGGACCCUCGUAGGGGAUUGGUUCAAGAUGGGUUUCGCAAGGUUGACGAAGAAAAUGAUGGAAGGCUGUUGGAUGAGCGCCCGAUGGGACUUUCUGAAACGAUUCAUUCCCGUGGGACGUUGCCGCGGUUGGCGGCGGAACAUACUGUUGAAUGA